AUGUCUGCUGGAGGGGACUUCGGAAACCCUUUGAGGAGAUUCAAGCUGGUGUUCUUGGGGGAGCAGAGCGUUGGAAAGAUGUCUUUGAUCACCAGAUUCAUGUAUGACAGUUUUGAUAACACCUACCAGGCAACAAUUGGCAUUGACUUUUUAUCAAAAACAAUGUAUUUGGAAGAUGGAACAAUCAGGCUGCAGCUGUGGGAUACUGCGGGUCAGGAACGUUUCCGUAGCCUCAUUCCCAGUUACAUCCGUGAUUCCGCUGCAGCCAUAGUAGUUAACGAUAUAACAAAUGUAAACUCACUCCAGCAAACCACAAAAUGGAUUGAUGAUGUCAGAACGGAAAGGGGAAGUGAUGUCAGCAUUAUGCUAGUGGGAAAUAAAACUGAUCUUGCUGACAAGAGGCAAGUAUCUAUUGAGGAGGGAGAGAGGAAAGCCAAAGAGCUGAAUGUUAUGUUUAUUGAAACCAGUGCAAAAGCAGGAUAAAAUGUAAAACAGCUUUUCCAACGUGUGGCCGCAGCCUUGCCUGGAAUGGAGAGCACAGAGGACAAAAGUAGAGAAGACAUGAUUGACAUAAAACUGGAAAAGCCUCAGGAGCCACCAGUCAAUGAAGGAGGCUGUUCCUGCUAAUACCAUAUGGCUUCUUGAAUCCUUCCCCAGAACCUCACUGCUUUUGCCCCCUUAUUCUUCAUUGACUGCAGUGUGAAUAUUGGCUUGAACCUUCCCCCUUCAGU